CUCAGCAUCUAAUCUUUUGGAAAUUCCUAGGAUUGUUUUGCUCUUCCUAUGCAUGGUCCUAUGUUUGGAAGUCCAGACGCGCUUGGUAAAAACCAGAAAAACCCAAUAAAAGCCCCAAAUGUUGGGCAAGAAAGUUCCGGUGGCUGAAUCCGAGUAAACUUGAGUUGGGGACAGCAAGAAGAAGAGCAAAGUAAAACACCCGUUGGUUGAGUACAGCCGGCCAACCUGGGCACGUGCAAAUCCGGAGGUCACUUUCAGAGUGUGUCACCAACACCCAGUGAAAAGUGUAGACACACACAAUAGACAGUCAGUCACGGCGCGCAAACCUUCUAGCUUUAGUUUGAAUAUCCAUUGUCCAUAUAUACGAGUUAAAGAGUUAGUAGCUUCGGACCAAAUUUUGGUCAAGGUGGAAAAACGCUGAUUAUCUGGGAGUAGGGGGCUGGUGGAGAGGGAUGACUCCUGGCCAUUUCACACGAAAACCGUCUAAGAAACCAUGUCGUUUUGAACCCUUUCAGUUCAUUCCUAUAUAUUCAUUUCUUGCAAGUCUUAGCUUUUUACAAAUCCUUAAUUACUAUUCUCCAAAUUCCUCCUCGGACACUGCUGGUUGAACCCUUUUUAGCUAACAAUCUAACCUAUUUUUUAACAAACGAAAUAAAUAUUGUCAGCCCAAUUGAAAAUGCAAAGCCAGGGUCUUCAUUUACAUUGCAUGAUUGGACGCUUUAGACAUAUUGAGGAGAUGGAUGGUCACGGUUGCAGAAAAUGAAUGUGAGAGGCUUUAUGAUCGGAUUUUGAAAUUGCUAUCAUAAAGCUGCAGAGGGACAUGGGUUGUUGCUGCUUUGGUGCCUCUAGUACCAAGCAGAAUAGGGCUAACUAUUUUUCUCGUCCACACACGGGUGAUGCUGAAGGGAUUUUACUUGGUAAGACAAAGAACUUCUCAAUCAAUGAAUUAAAUGCAGCAACAGAUAACUUUCAUCAAAGCAAUAAGAUAGGGCGAGGAGGAUUUGGGACAGUUUACAAGGGAAAACUGAAGAAUGGAACUCCAGUUGCUGUGAAGAGGCUUUCUGCUUUCUCGAAGCAGGGUGUGCGUGAAUUUUUGACUGAGAUUGAAACUAUAUCAAAUGUUCAACAUCCAAACCUUGUUCAGAUGAUCGGAUGCUGUGUACAUGGACCUGACAGGAUACUGGUCUACGCGUAUUUAGAAAACAAAAGCCUUGAUAAUGCACUACUUGGUAGAAGUAGGGCUGUAAAUCUGGAGUGGAGCAAAAGAACAGCUAUCUGCAUGGGCACUGCAAGGGGUCUUGCAUAUCUUCAUGAAGAACUUGUGCCACACAUAGUGCACCGAGACAUUAAAGCUAGUAAUAUACUUCUUGACAAGGACUUUGCGCCAAAAAUUGGAGAUUUUGGGUUGGCUAAACUUUUUCCGGAUGACAUAACCCACAUCAGCACGAAAAUAGCAGGGACAACAGGUUACCUAGCGCCUGAAUAUGCAUUGGGUGGUCAGCUAACAAUGAAGGCUGACAUUUACAGCUUUGGUGUGGUAGUACUUGAAAUUGUAAGCGGUAAGAGCAGUUCAAGUUCAUUCUGGGGAGGAGCACGGAAAUUACUUCUGGAAGAGGCAUGGCAAUUCUAUGAAGAAGGGAAGUUGUUGGAGUUAGUUGAUCCAGAACUGAAGGAGUUUCCUGAGCAAGAGGUCCUUAGGUAUAUGAAGGUAGCCCUUUUCUGCACACAAGCUAAAGCGCAUCGAAGGCCGUUGAUGAGCCAGGUUAUAGAGAUGCUCUCGAGAGACAUCCGGCUUAAUGAGAAGGAACUUACACCCCCAGGUUUCUUCCAAGAAUCAGGUGGGCUUAGUAGCUUACAGUCAAAAGAGAAGUCGUCUGAAGGCUCUACUAGCUAUCAGAUGAGCUCUGUUCCUGUCACUAUCACUCAGGUCAAAGCUAGAUGAAAAUUGAUUCCAGGGUCCGAUAUUUACUCCAGGAUGGCAGAGGGCACAAUUUAAUCGAGUGUCAAACAAGAAAUUAAAGUUAUACAAAACUAGGAAGUAAUCAGGAGUAAUUUCUUUUUCAGAUUAAUGUGCUGCUUUCUUGAGUUUCUUCUUCCUCUUAUUUGAUUUUGAGGUUUUAUUCACUUGGGCCUUAAUAUGUUGGCCUUGAUUCAUUUUCAGAUGGGGACACAAAAUAAGAAAAAAGAGUUUCAUUGGGGGUCUGAGGGAAGUUACGUAGAGCAGUGUAUGGGUCAUUAUCGAGACAAAUGACACUGGUAAAUCGAGUAUAUAAUUCAGCUGCAUUUAGUGUUUUUCCAGA